GUCAGGCCGGCGUCUUCGGACGCCAUGGUGGUUGGUGCUGGGAAUGUUUUGUCCUCCACGCUGACACGGAAGAACGGUAUCAAGGUGGGUGCCGGUUCUCCGUGCAGCGUGGAGGACGUCUGUUUGGCGGUGGGUAAAGACAUUGGGUAUGGGGCAAUUAAAUCGGCGGCUAGGAUGAACGGGGCGGUUGUUUUGUUUGUUGAAAAGGUGGAACAGGCUCAGCACUUGGUGGAGGUGGGCGUUUCUGUUAAUGGCUUGUUUUUGCACGUUUCACCUUUAACUUUACCGGCGACUAAAAUUACACUUUCAAACGUUCCUCCGUUCAUUAGUGACGAGUUUUUAAUUAAAGAACUGUCACGACACGGAAAAGUGGUGUCGCCGAUUCGGAAGGUUUUAUCUGGUUGUAAGUCACCUCUGCUUAAACAUGUUGUGUCGCACAGACGACAGCUGUUUAUGUUAUUGAAUAGGAGGGAUGAGGAGCUAGAUUUAAGGUUCCAUGUUAAAGUUGAUGGAUUUGAUUAUGUGUUGUUUGCUACUUCGUCACAUAUGAAGUGCUUUGGGUGCGGUCAGGAAGGCCACAUUAUAAAAAUGUGUCCAGGCAGAGCCGAGCCGGCCCAGCCGGCUUCAGCAGAGCAGCAGCAGCAGCAGCCUGCUGCUGCUGCUGCUGAGCGGGACAGAGAGCCACUGGGUGAGGCUACGGCGGCGGAGGGGGAGCCCACUGCUGACGCAGAAGUACCUGCGGUGGUGGUAAGAGAGGAUGUUGACAGCAUUGUUGGGACUGAUAGCACGGUAGAAAUGAGUGUGUGUGAGAACAUUAAUGAGAGCAGUGUGUUGAGUGGUGACGGUGAGAAUGGUGAGAAAGGUGAAGGAGUACAGAAAGAUAGUGAGCAGAGAGAGCAGGAAAGGGUGAGGGGUGAGAAGGAACAGUUAGCGGGUGGAGCUCAGGGUGAACAGAGAGAAAUGCAGGUAGAUGAACAGGAUGAAGGAAAGAGUAGUGUAGAGGGGGUGGAGGGAGAUGUAGUGGAGAAAGAGAAAGGACUGACAGAUGAUGAGAGAGAGGUGGAAGCUUCUGCCCCAAUAAAAAGAAGGAGCAAAAGAAAGAACGUGGUGGCUGCUGCACAAGCUAGCAAACAGGCCUGCAAGCUAACUGCAGACAAAAAAGACGGGUCAGACAGCAGUGAUGCUGAGAGCUGGUUUUCAGACACCAGCGAUGUAUCGGUUACUCAGUCAAGUACCAAAGAACCGAGAUACCCUGUUGAGGCUUUUCGCAUCUUUUUACGCCAAACGAAAGGCUUGAAAGGUGUUAAACUCGAGAGUUAUUUUCCAAAUCUGAGAAUGUUUUAUUUUUCUGCCCGAUAUCACAUAAGGAACAGAGAGUUGUCCGGUUUUGCGGACACAGAAGUGUUUAGACUGAAAAAAAUAAUGUCUAAGGUCAGAAAACAAUUCUGAGCAUUAUGAUGUAUGACAUGAUUUC